UUAAUCCAUCACUAAAUAUUGUUUUAUCUUUUCUGAUUAUUUACUACUCCUAGUAGGCUAGUAGUAUUAAAGAUAAGUAGGAGGAGGUCACGCAACCAUUGAGAGUCCGUGCUAGUUUCACCUCCACAUUUCUGCAACCAUUUUUAAUUACAAAUGGGGAACUCCCAUAUCGGCUUUUCUCUUCUUGUUUCAGUUUUGUUGUUGCUUCAAGGAUCUUUAGUAAGAACAGAUGAUGGAUCAGAAUCAUGGGGCUAUGCUCAAGUCAGGCCCAAAGCCCAUAUGUUUUGGUGGUAUUACACAAGUCCACACAGAACUGAAGAUCCCAACAAGCCUUGGCCUAUCAUUCUUUGGCUGCAGGGUGGACCUGGUGCUUCUGGGGUUGGGAUUGGUAAUUUUGAGGAGAUUGGGCCUUUAGACACCUAUUUGAAGCCAAGAAAUUCCACAUGGCUCACAAAAGCUGAUCUCCUCUUUGUGGAUAAUCCAGUUGGGACAGGAUACAGUUAUGUGGAGGAUCUGGAAUUGCUGGUGAAAACUGAUUAUGAAGCUGCUGAUGAUCUAACUACACUUUUGAUUGAGAUUUUCAAUAAAAAUGAGACUCUCCAAAAAAGCCCUCUUUAUAUUGUGGCUGAAUCUUAUGGAGGAAAAUAUGCUGUCACUCUUGGAUUAUCUGCUCUCAAAGCAAUUCAAGCUGGCAAGUUAAAGCUUAAACUUGGAGGAAUUGCAUUGGGGGAUACCUGGAUUUCACCAGAAGAUUUUGUGUUUUCAUGGGGCCCUCUUCUAAAAGAUGUCUCAAGGCUGGACAACAAUGGCCUCAAGAAAUCAAAUAGUAUUGCUGAGCAGAUUAAGCAACAAAUUGAGGCAGGCAAGUUUGUUGAGGCAACAGAAUCAUGGAGUGAUCUUGAAGGUGUGAUCAGUUCCAGCAGUAAUUCAGUGGAUUUCUACAACUUCUUGCUGGAUUCAGGGAUGGACCCUGUGUCCUUGUCAGCCUCUGAGCUAUCACAACAGAUCUCCAUCAGGCGAUACUCAAGAUAUCUGAAUUCGUUGAGGCGGGAUACUCCGGGUGGUGAUGGUGAUAUCAAUACCCUAAUGAAUGGUGUGAUCAAGAAGAAACUCAACAUACCUCAAAAUGUUGAAUGGGGAGGCCAAUCAGGUUCUGUUUUUUCAGCAUUGGAAGGAGAUUUCAUGAAACCUAGGAUUGAUGAGGUGGAUCAGCUUCUAGCUAAAGGAGUCAAUCUCACUAUAUAUAGUGGUCAACUUGAUGUCAUUUGCUCCACAAAGGGAACUGAAGCAUGGGUUGAAAAGCUCAAGUGGGGUGGGCUUAAAACUUUCUUAAGCAUGGAGAGAACACCAAUGUAUUGUGAGAAAGAGAGAAUAACAAAGGGCUUCACCAAAUCCUACAAAAAUUUGCAUUUCUAUUGGAUUCUUGGAGCUGGUCAUUUUGUACCCGUUGAUCAACCGUGUGUGGCAUUAAGCAUGAUAAACAGCGUGAUAACCAAUUCUAAAUAGAUGGCCUCCUUCAAGAACUGGUAGAAUGUGUUGACAUAGGAAUUAAAUAAAUUAUCAUAAUAAUAUCCCUCUUGUAAUUGCAAAUAUAUUAUUUGUACUCUAUGAUUAUUUGUUUAGCAAUGAUGUAUAUUUAUUAGACGUCU